AUGGUACCUGUGCACACACCUGGGGAACAUUAUCUGAUGCUCAGAAAGCUGCAGAACACAGACGCAAGCAUGCUGAAUUCAGUAGUUGCUCUUCUGGCCUUCACUGCACUUCUGUGGAACAAUGCACAAGCAUUCUCCAGUAACGCUGAUGACUGCUGUCUGUCCACCAGUGAUACUUUAGUUCCACGCCGCAUUGUAGAAUCCUACAUCAUCCAAAAUGCAGACAGUGGAUGCUCCAUUCCAGCUACUGUGUUCAUCACAAAGAAGAACAAGAAGCUGUGCUCUCCACCUGCAAGUGACACGAGAUAUCCAUGGGUGUUGAAGCUCAUUGAAUAUAUGGGCAAUCGUAGCAGCAAGAGAAAAGGCCCUCAGUGAUAAACAGGGUGAAUAUGUCUAGGCCUGUCGGAUCAUCAUGCCUGGAUUUUCUGUGACAGCAUUUGUGAUGUUAAUAAGCUACUUUGCCUUUGUAUCUGUGUUUUUUUUUUUCAUCUUGUUUGAACAUUUCAAAAAUCACACACGUGCUCUUGUAUUAUGCUUCUCAUACAAAAAAUGAACAAACAUAAAAUGUGCCAGGGACCAUGUGUGAAUCUGUGUGCACUUGUGUCAACACGUUGUGUUUUAUACACACUAAAUCUACUGAUGAAUUGUAUUUUUUUUUUCCUUAUGAAUAUGUGCAUAGCUUUUUUAAGAGGAGUGAAUUCAAAUAAAACUCAUUUUAGUAAAUAAAA